AUACCGUCGUUAUAGCCGUUUUGGUCGUCUGCCGUAUAACAUUACAGGCGAUACGAUUUCAGUAGAGUGCAGCAGCAGCAGCAGCAGCGCCAGGCAAGCGAGCUGGCAAACAGUAGUGAGGCAGCAGCGACGACGGUGUGCUAUGCUAAGCCUCCUCCUCUUUCUUCAGCAUUCGAUUUCGAGUACGAAUCCGUAUCGUAUCGGAUUCAUUCAACACUGAACAAGACAUCUAGCAUUUAGUUUGUAUUUGGUAAGUGUACGUUUCAGUUCUGUGGCAACUGUCGUCGGGUUAAGAACGUUGGAAACGCUUCAGUUCAAAAAAUAUUUCACACACAUGUGAAGAAAGUAAAAAGAAAUUGAAUGAUAAUAUAUUUUAAUAAAAGAAAAAGUAUACAAAUAUAUAAAAGUAUAUCAUUUAUGAGUAAGCGAUAAAAAACGGUGCAGCAGUUAACAACAAUAAGAAAAGAAAAACGCUUUUGUGAAUUAAAAUAUAGAAGCGUGUGAAUUCGAAAGGCGAAAAAUCAAAAAAAUUGAAACGCGUUAUUUUUGAAAGUGUUGAAAGCUAAAGCAAAUCAAUUGGAAAAGUGCAAAAUUCUAAAAAUCAAAGUGCAUUGCUGAAAAUAGUCUAUAUACGCAAUUUAACGGUAUAAAAGUGAAAAUUUUGUGCAACGAAAAAACAAAGCGCUUUUUGAAAAUUUGAAAACAAAAUUAUAACAAAGAUUUUUUAAACGCCGCAAAAAGUGCAAUUCACAGCAACAAAAAAUCAGUCACUAAAAAGCACUUCGAUUUUUUCUAAAAAUUUUCAAGUUCUUUUUUAAAUAAAAUACAUAAAUAUUAUAUAUUGAUAGCUUAAAAGUUAAAUUUGAAAAUUUUGAAAACGCAAAUAAACGUUGCUAAAAUUUAAAGCAAAAGUGUAACACGUAAAUGUUUAAAAAGAAAAUUGUUUAAAAAACCGACUGCAACUAAAAACAAUAUUUGUCACGUGUUGAAACAAAGUGCAAUAAAUUGAGAGCGACUACUUUUGAAAAAAAAAAUUCGAAACAGUUUUUGAAAAUAAAAAUUUUGAAAACAGUUUUUGAAAAAAAAUAUUUAAAACAGUUUUUGAAAAAAAAAUAUUUAAAACAGUUUUUGAAAAAAAAUUUCGAAAACAAUUUUUGAAAAAAAUAAAAAUUUCGAAACAGUUUUUUAAAUCUUAAGCGCGAAGCAGAAUUGCGUGAAACAGCAAACUGCUUUUACAUUAGUGCAUUAACGAAACGAAAGCAGAAUUUUUAAUUGGUUUUGUAUAUAAAUCAAAUUUAUUUGUGUAAAAACACAGCCAAUGUUGCAUUUUUGUGGUGUCGCACAAAUAACCAAUGUUGGAUUAUAAAUUAAACCCAUACAUUUGGGGGAUACAAUGAGGCCAGAAAGAUACGAUGUUACCCCAGUUAACGCUCAAUGCCAAGAAUACUAUUUUACUUAUGGUAAUGUUUGCCUUUGUAGUUCCAGCUUACACAAAAGCAAAAGACUAUGUCUUAAUGCUUACGACCCACAACGAUCGAGCGCUACAUAUAAAUGACGUCGGCAAGGUGACUGCAGCUAACAUAGCUUUUGCACAGCCCAUAACCAUGGAUAAUGUUGGUGAUCCAUUUAAUGGCGAUCCAUUCUUUAUUACGCUUUAUGCCAAACAAGUUGGGCGGUUUUUGUGCUUUCGACAUGGCAGAUUGGAGGGACUGAAACAGCUCACUCGCGAUUGCCACUUCAGUGAGAGCAUUGAACAUGGCCACUUCAUGUAUGCGAAUGCCUACAAUGCAACGCUGCGCGUGGGUUUCACGAAGCGCUUUAAGCCCAUCGGACCGAAGCGGCUGAAACAUGCGCGCAGCAUCAGCAAGGAUCACUUCCUCUUUGAGCGACGCCGUCUGGAAGAUAUUACUAUUAGUAGAAUCACCUCUUCAACUACAAGAAAAACAACAAAAAAGCCCAUCAUCACCACCACUAUCUCCACUACCACAACAACCACACAUACACCCAAAGUCACACGCGUACAGCGGAAUAGAUAUAAUGCCCACAAAAACAAUAACAAUGACAACAGUUCCACACAGAGAAGCAACAUAGCACAGGAGAGCCUACAGCAACCACAACAAGGACUGCAUACAGAAGCUGCAAAGAGUAUUACUAAUAAUAAUAAUGAUAGCCAUAGUCUUAGUGAAGAUAAUAGAGUUAAUGAUAAUAAAAGUAACAACAAGGGCAACAACGAUAGGCCACAGCAACAAGGAGCCGGUUUGCUGGAAGAGCGUCUCCGUAAGUUGCAGCGCGCCGAACAGCAUCCCUUGCGGCACGAUAAAAAUAGUAUUGAAAAGAAGAAUCACCGACGUCGUCUACACAAUCGGCGGAAACAACAGCAAAAACGACAACAACAACAUAAUUUGUCAGCGAAGGGUGUGGUGCGCCACCAUCACAACAACGGCACAAAAAUGGCGCGCAGACGUCAACAUGAACGCGAGCAAUUGCUGCGCAAACAAAGUCGCCACCGACAGCAAAUUUUGGCGCGACACGAACAGCAACAGCGCCAGCAGACGCCACCGACAGCGCGUGGUGCUGGCGCGGCGGCUAGCUCUACGGCGUCAACAGCGGCAUCAGCGCUCACAGCCACUGCCGCAUCGCUAGUGCCGACAACGCUGAUUGACAUCAUGGCUAUGUUGGCCGCGUCGCGUCGCAAGCGCGGGCGACGGAAAAAGGAAGUUACAGAGGAGGGGAGUGCAAGCGCGGGUGCGACAGGUGGUGCUGGUGCAAGUGCGACUGGCGGCGCACAAGCCGAUAUGCAAAUAGCUGUGGCGCAAACAGCGCUACCCAAACCAAUGGCAGAGGAGCUGGUGGUGGUGAAGCGCCCAAUGUCGGCGCGCCUAAUGUUGGAACGCGGAGAGCAGGCGCCGGCGGGCGCACAACGUCAAGCAGCGCUGGGUGCUGCGCUGAAGGAUGCUUUGGCAGCGCCAACAUACAGGCAUCGACAUCAGCAUCAAGAACGGCGGCCGCAUGAGCUGGCAACGGCCGACGUACCAGUGAGCGCGGCGCAACAUGUUGCUGAGUUGAAGGUUGCGCAAGCGCAAGCGCAACCAAAACAACAGCAGCGAACAGAUGAAUACUCAAAUAGUUAUGUUAAUAAUAAUUUAAAUAGUAAUUAUAAAUUAAAUGCUUACACUAAUGCUAAUGCUAAUAAUGGUAAUGAUAAUCAUAAUGAUAAUGUUAAUGCAAUACCUGCCUUGCCAAAAAACUACUUAUACGAAGACGCGCAUCAAAACGCCAAUUAUGAUUAUCAUAGUCACGAUGAUGAUGACGACGAUAAUGAUAAUAAUAAUAACUAUAGCAACAACAAUAACUACAGCAACAGCAAUAGGCGUAGUAAGAGUAGUGUUAGUCAAAGUAGUGAUAGUCUUAAGCCUAGUAUGACUGAUUAUAGUAGUAAUAGUAAUAGUGAUUAUAAGUUUAGUCAACAACAACAGCAACAGCAACAGCAGCAAACGCAAGCAACACUUAACCACAUUAGACAUAGACACCGACGACGAGCUGCUGCCACCGAAGCCACAAACGAAGCAACGAUGGCAACAGCUCACGAUCAACAACACAGUCAUGUUGAUACGAACGACAACGAUGUUGCUGCCAACAUUGUUGAUGGGCAUGUUGCUGAGCAACAGCAGCCCGUUCAACGCGCACAGCAACAAGUGGACUUGGCAAAAAACGAAGAAGCUGCCGCGGAAGUGAACGCUUCCGUGGUGGACUUCGGGCGCCAACGAAAUGCUAAAACGACCAUGAAAACGAAUAAAAUUACAGCAACAAAUACUAAAACGAAUAUAAUCGAUGCGAAUACAAAUACGAAUACAUUUAUGGAAGAUAACAACAAUAAUAAUAAUAACAAUGGAGAUAUUGAUAACAUUAGGCUUAAUAGUAAUGGUAAGGUUAGUUAUAAAGAUAACGGUGACUUUAAUGUGCACACUGCUGUUGAAAAGCAAGCUGCUGUUGCUGUCGACAGCGAAGGUGAAGACGAUGGCGACAAUGGCGUGAGUGACAAUAAUGUGAAGCGUAAUUUUUUUGGUAUACGCCUGCCGUUUUUUCGUCAACCUAGCAUCAAUAACAACAAUAUUAACAGUAAUAAUCAUUAUAUUAUGCCUCUUGUUGACAACAACAUUAAUAAGGCUGUCGUAGCGAGUAUAGAUGAUAAUAGAGCGGCCGCUAUGCAAAUGAAUGCAAACGCUAAUCAAGUAGCCAAUGUUAAUCAAAUUAAUGUGCAUGCAACGCCACAGCAACAACAACAACAACGGCAACAACAGCGAGUAGCAUCCAUUAAUGGCGCUGCUGCCACUGCCGCCGCUGUUGUUGGCAAUUUAGCUUUUGCCGCUCGCUUAGCGCACGCAUACAAUUACGAUAAUCACAAUGUUAUUGAUGCUAUUCACCAUAAUCUUAAUAAUAAUAAUAACAAUAAUGCUAAUCAUGUUAUGAAUGAUGAUGAUGGAAAUGUGCAUGCUGCAAAUAUCGAUAAUCUAAAUAUUGUUAAUGAGCAUGUGUUAGCCGCUGCUUAUCAUAAGCGUUUUUUUCGUAGCUUAAAUUAUGCUAAUACUAAUCACAAUGUGAAUAAUAAUUAUAAUAAUUAUAAUGAUGAUAAUGCUAAUAAUGACCCAGGCGUGGAUAAUGGUGAUGAAUGGAAAAGAAAUCAUAAUAAAUAUGAUAUGACUAUAGUACAAUACAGAUAUGUAGUUGUCUUUUAUUAGAAAAUCCUGAGGCGA